AUGAAAUCCACCCUCCUCACCACAGCCGCGGCCCUCGCGGCCCUCACCUCCGCCUCCCCCAUCUCCCGCCGUGCAGAUGGCCCAACAGACGGCGAAAUCCUCAACUACGCACUCACCCUCGAGCACCUGGAAUCAACAUUCUACAGCGAUGCCCUAGCCAAGUACACCGCCGCAGACUUCUCCUCCGCAAACUUCACCCAAGAAACCUACGAAAGGGUCAAAACAAUCGCCGCAGACGAAGCAGCCCACGUCUCUUUCCUAACCGCCGGCCUCAAAGCCGCGGGCGCAACACCCGUCGAGGCAUGCACGUACGACUUUGGAUACACCGACGUAGCAUCGUUCCUCGCCACGGCAUCUGUCCUCGAGGGCGUAGGCGUAAGCGCGUAUCUCGGCGCGGCCGCGGAUAUCAUGUCGAAGACGUAUCUUACCGCUGCCGGGUCGAUCCUGACAGUCGAAGCACGACAUGCUGCGUACAUCCGGAACAGCAUCUCCGAAGCGCCUUUCCCGGCGCCGUUUGACAACCCGCUCGGGUACAACGAGGUGUACACGCUUGCGGCGCAGUUUAUCAAGAGCUGUCCCGAGUCGAACCCAAAGCUACCGGUCAAGGCGUUUCCGGUGCUGAGCGCGAAGCCGGCGGACACGGGCAAGAUGGGGAUUUAUGGUGGUGACGAGAUUGUUGUUUCUACGCCCGGGUAUGCGAUUGAGGGCGAGGUGUAUGCGGCGUUUGUUACGGUUACGGGGCCGGUUUUUGUUGAUGUCAAGGCUGUGGAGGGGGGGUUUGAAGUCAUGGUGCCCAAGGAGGGUGUCACGGGACAGAGUUAUCUGGUUCUUACGAGUUGCAAUACUGCGGCUACGGAUGAUACGAUUGUAGCUGGGCCGGCGAUUGUCGAGGUCAUGGCUGCCGCCAUGUCUCAAGUUAAGAAGCCCAAUUUAAUUUUUGAUCUCUGCCAAAUCAUUUAA